AUGAGAUUUCAUCCUUUUUUGGUAUUUUUUAUUUUUGUGAUGAGUCUGCUUCUGAUCAGCGAACAGAGACCAGUUAACUUUCCCAGGAGAAGAAAACUACACAGACACAACUGCUUUUGCAGGAGAUGCCUUUCACUUCAUUCCAAGGUGCCCUUCCCUUGAGAUAGAAAGAAAAUCUCUGAUUUCCUUGGUUCUACCAGAAGAAGAGUAAAAGCAAAGAUAUUCAACCAUCUCAGUAUGGCAACCUUAGCAUGGCAUCUUGUGAGCUACUGUGCAACAGAAG